AUGGCGGGUCGAAUUCGCGUGCUGAACGUGGUGGCAGCGGUUGCCAUCGUGGUGAUUCUGUACUAUGUGGGUCGGCCGCUGUACUGGGAGAUGGAAGCGAGGUUGCAGGAGUACCGCGAGGGCCUCUCGGACGCCACUGCCGCUGGCACGACGGGAACAGCAGCGCAGGGAGGAACCAUUCGGCCCGUAGGCAACGCGCGAGGUGCGAGGCAGCAGCACGUGAAGGCGUGGCCAAGGCAGCAUGUGCUCCGCUCCUCAAUGCCCUUCACACUCACGCUGCUCACCCUCUCUACUCUCACACCUUCUUCUCUCACCCUCUCUGGUCACACACCCUCUCUCCCGCAAUCUGUCUCCCCCUGUCCCCUGUCUCCCCCUGUCCCCUGUCUCCCCCUGUCCCCUGUCUCCCCCUGUCCCCUGUCUACCCCUGUCCCCUGUCUCCCCCUGUCCCCUGUCUCCCCCUGUCCCCUGUCUCCCCCUGUCCCCUGUCUCCCCCUGUCCCCUGUCUCCCCCUGUCCCCUGUCUCCCCCUGUCCCCUGUCUCCCCCUGUCCCCUGUCUCCCCCUGUCCCCUGUCUCCCCCUGUCCCCUGUCUCCCCCUGUCCCCUGUCUCCCCCUGUCCCCUGUCUCCCCCUGUCCCCUGUCUCCCCCUGUCCCCUGUCUCCCCCUGUCCCCUGUCUCCCCCUGUCCCCUGUCUCCCCCUGUCCCCUGUCUCCCCCUGUCCCCUGUCUCCCCCUGUCCCCUGUCUCCCCCUGUCCCCUGUCUCCCCCUGUCCCCUGUCUACCCCCUCCUCCUCUCUUCUCCAUGCCUACCCACCCUCUCCUCUCUACUCACACACACCAGUCGCACGUCUCUCUCUCGCCGUGCGUGCAGGGCUGGAGGCAGCGGCGCUGCAGGGCCUGCCCAGGGAGGCGUCCAUGGCGCUCAUGGCGCUCGACGUGGUGGACCCUGACGCUGCCUCGCCCGCCAACCCCGCUGCAGCACACCACGUCCCGGCUGGACCAGUUGCAGCAGCGGAAUCAGCUGGAGCGACAGGGUCGGGAGGGGCAGACGAGGCAGGAGCAGCGGAAGGAGAGGUAGGGGCAACAGAAGAGACAGGAGCAUCAGGGGCAGCAGGGGCAGCAGGGGCAGGGGGCAAGGAGGAAACGCCAGGCGCAGCAGGAGUAUCCCUGGAUCUCCCUUCAGACGCACCUGCAGCAACGGCCCCGGCACUAGGAACGACUGCUGGAGAAGUGGAUGCAGGCGCGACUUCCACGGAUUCAUCUGGGGCAGGCGCAUCUGGGGCGGGGCCAUUCGCGAAUGGCGUGCGCCCCAUUCUGCACGAGGGCAGGCCGCUGCUGGCCGCCCUGAAGCGCGAGAUCUGGGAGAAGCCUCCCCCGGGCAGCGCGGUGCCAGCGAGGGCCGAGUUCGCCCUGCGGCGGGAGAUGGUGGAGCAGCGGCAGCGCGAGGGCGUGGUGGUGGUGACGUUCGCCAACCACGCGUUCCUCGACUUCGUGCUCAACUGGGUGCGCCACCUCACCGACCUCGGCGUCCACAACAUCCUCAUCGGCGCCAUGGACACGCGGUUCUUGGAGGCGCUGUGGAGGGAGGGCGUGCCGGUGUUUGACCUGGAGAGCGGCAUGACCACGGACGACCCGGGGUGGGGCACGCCUGUGUUCCACGCCAUGGGGCGCGAGAAGGUGACGCUCAUCAACGUGUUCCUGUCGCUGGGCGUGCAGCUGCUCAUCUGCGACACCGACACCGUCUGGCUCAGAGCCAGGGGGCCAGGGGUGGGCGCCAGGCGUGCACCUCAUCAUCUUUCUCACCGGCACCGUCUGGCUGCGGGUGAGGGAGGUCUCUGUGGGUGUGUGUGUAUGUGUAUGUAUGGGUUUGUGAGUGGGUGUGUGUAUGGGUGCGUGUGUGGGUGUGUGUGUGGGUUUGUGUGUGGGUGCCUCACUCCCCCGGUUUUCCCCCAUCACACAACCCCUCCCCACCUCCCAACGAGCCCCGCCGCUCAGAACCCGCUGCCGUACAUGGCGCGCUACCCCCAGGCGGACGUGCUGACGUCAUCGGACCAUCUGGUGCGGUCGGUGGACGACGAGUCGCUGGAGCACUGGGACCAGGGUGAGUCGCUGGAGCACUGGGACCAGGGUGAGUCGCUGGAGCACUGGGACCAGGGUGAGUCGCUGGAGCACUGGGACCAGGGUGAGUCGCUGGAGCACUGGGACCAGGGAGAGUCGCUGGAGCACUGGGACCAGGCCCAGGGCGCGUACAACAUAGGCAUUCUGCACUUCCGCCCCACGGACCCGGCAAAGCGGUUUGCGCGCGCGUGGGCGGAGCAGCUGGCGUUGGAUGCCAAGGUGUGGGACCAGAACGGUUUCAACGACCUCAUGCGGCAGAAGCUGGGCCCCGACGUCAACCCCGACGCCCACGACCACGUCUUCUGGGCCUUCGACGGCUCGCUCAAGCUCGGCAUCCUGCCCGUCGCGCUCUUCUGCUCCGGCCACACCUACUUCGUGCAGCACCUGUACCGGCGGGUGGGCGUGGAGCCGUACGCCAUGCACGCCACGUUCCAGUUCGCGGGCACCAACGGCAAGCGCCACCGCUUCCGCGAGGCCAUGGCGUUCAUCGACCCCCCGGAGUACUACGACCCUCCAGGUGGCGUGCUGUCAUUCGUUAACAACAUUCCGGAGGAGCUGCUGACAGGUGGCGACCACUCUCUGCAGACGCACUUCAGCCUCGUCAACUACCAGCUCGUCAAUCUCAGAGCAGCGCUCGCCAUCGCCACAAUACUCAACAGAGCACUCGUGCUGCCUGCCACGUGGGUGCGGUACGAUCGCAUCUGGUUCCCCCACCCCGGGAUACUGGACGGCACCGACACACCGCAGCCGUUCCUGGCGCCCGCGGACCACGUGGUGGAGGUGCAGAAGAUGCUGCCCGGCGCACUCAAGGACGACGAGUUCGGCCCCGCCGUGCCCAUCCGCGAGUACUCCUUCCUCGACAACCCACGUACCCCACAAGCGGUGCUCAAGUCGAAGCUGGCCGUGCAGCUGUGUGACGAGGGCUCGCCCGACUGCCCCUCCACGCCCGAUGGCCCCACCGACACCAUUCGCAUGAAGAAGAACACGCGGCAGAACGAGCUGAAGGCAGUGCUCUCGCGUUACUCAGACAUCAAGUGGAUCGAGUUUUCUUCCAUGGUGGACUCCUUUGGAGGCUGGGACGACAAGGCCAUGGAGAGGAAGUUCAGAUGGCGGCUGCGGCAGUACGUGGGCAUCUGGUGCUGCGUCAAUGCACAGCCAGGGCACAUCUGGUACGACUUCUUCAACGAUGAGAUCCCGGGGUGGAAGCCACGGCCGCCAGCCAAUUGGACAGAGGACCACCCGCCAUGGGGCAAGGACCAACCGGGUGUCUUAUGA